UAACAAAAAGCAUUAAGCUAAGUUCAAGUCUUUGUAUUACACCUAUUAAAAUACCAUCCCCCACUCAACUAUACAAUUUCUAUUAAGAGAGUAAUUUGUUAAACAAAAAAAUGUUAGGAAAACAAGUUUUUGCAAUUUUUUUGGUCAUUAUUAUGGUGUUAUUUUGCAUCCAAAUAACUAUUGCAACACAUAGUUACGUUGUUGGAGAUAGUGCUGGUUGGACAUUCGGUGUUAGUAGCUGGGCUAAUGUGAGGAAAUUCGAUGCUGGCGAUUUGCUCUUAUUCAGAUAUCCUAAAGGCGUUCACAAUGUGGUGAUAGUGAACAAAGCGAACUACGAUAAUUGUAAUGCUAUAGGAAAAACACUUAGUUCGGGCAAUGAUAGUGUAGCCCUUGGCAAGGGCCCAAACUACUUCAUUUGUGGUAUUGGUGGUCAUUGUAAUGAUGGCCUAAAGAUGGAAGCUAUUGCUCAUUAAAUAAAUAAUAAAGUAUUUGUCGCUUUCUUCCCA